UUUCAAAAUAAAUUUUGGCGAUGCAUGCAUUGCAAACUUUUUGCCUUGAGCUGCAUCAAAAUGUGUUCGAUAUUCGGCUCUAAUCUUUUUCAUGUUCUAUGGUCGGGAACAUGGUGAUCAUCUAACCUAAAUAUGCACCUGCUGCACCGGAGAUAGUUAACAAUAAUUUUUGACUUUGGAGGAUAAUGACAAUGCUGCAGUUUAGUGCGACACUUUAUACCGCGACUGCAAGACUCACACCUCGUUCGUCCUGGCGUUUUACUGCACUCAUAGCUAAUAACUCCAGCACAGCAGUGACCAGCGAACACUCUGCUGUUUCUGCGAAGGAAGAUGAUGCUACUAAAUUCGCAGAAAUACAGGAUAUCUCACAGAAUGAAGAGAAGCAGCAAUCUAAAAAAACAGGAAUCCAUACAAAAUUUUAUCCAUCGGAAAAGAAAUGGUCCAGUGAAAGUGACACAAUAUUUUCCAAAAAAUUUCAAGCUGCUAAGUCUAUAAAUGAUUUGCUAGAUUUGGCACUGCUGCAAAAUCUGUCCAUAAAUAAUGCAUUAAAGCUUAUUUCAAGUAAUAAUCAGAUAAACAGUGGCAAAUCGCAAAUAGCCAAUAUUGAAGCUGAUGAAAGAUUUACUCUCAGAAAGAUUGUUAAAAGUGGUAGCGAGAUUAGAACAUCAGAAGAUUCUUCACAGUACUCUGACUUAUCUACACCUGCAAUGAUUGAGGUGAUGGCAACAUUGAGAGAACAAGGAAAUAGACAUACACCACUAUUAAGGAUGCUAUCAUACAAUAUUGUCAAGUAUAACAUAACAUUAACCAUGAAACAAAGUGCAACUUUGUUGUAUAGCAUGGCUAUAUUAAAUUUUCCAGAUAAGAUUUUGUUGGAAAAAAUUACAUCUGAUUUAUUGAAAUGUAUACCAAAAAGUACCAAUGUUAAUACAAAUAAAUCCAUAAUAACAUCACUUGGAUUUCUCCGUUACAAAAAUGAGGAAAUACUUAAGGCAUUCUGCAACACAUUCUUCAAGGAAUCAAUCAAUUAUAAAUUUCAUGAUUAUUCGUCGAUAUUGCAAACGUUUGCAGCUCUACAGUAUAAAUCAGAGUGCGCAAGCUCGCUUAUCAAGAAUUUCACGGAACAAUCAGAUCCAUUUUACACAUCUGUGGUGGAAUGGUUGGAUAUUGUUUGGGCCUUAGCGGUUUUAGAUGCAGUACGGCCGCGACAUAUAGAAUUCGUACUAGAUCCUACAUUUAUGGAAAGGUUAAGCGGUUCUUCCAAACUAAAUAUUUCAAAGAUAAAAUUAUUAAACAUUAAUGCCAUUGCACAGUUUAUACUGAAAGAUUAUAAAGGACCACUUUUGGAUAAAGAUUCAGAAGUUUUUAAUGUACCUUUAAUUAGAGCAAAGGAAAAACAAGCGUAUAUAGAUGCGUUAUCGGAAACACUAACAAAGCUGCUGCCUUCUCAGUCUUAUUUCAAAACAGAUAUUAAUACGAACAUGGGUUUUUUACUAGAUGCAGAAUUUCGUAUAAAUGAUCAACAUAAAUUUAUAAAGGUGGAAGAUUGGAAUAAACAAUCUAAAAAUGUAAAAAGGAUAGCAAUAAUGAUGCACGAUUACCACGAUUAUUGUCGAGGACAGAAAGAUCUCGUAGGAUCGGUGUAUUUAUACACUCAAUCUAAAGCCAGAGGUUACAACCUUAUAACAAUUUCCUAUGAAAAUUUCAGUGUACAGGACAAAAUUGACAAACGAAUUAAUUACUUGAAGCAAUGUAUGAGUAAUGUACAGGAAAUUAAAUCUAUAUAGUGCAGUAUUGGUUCUAGUCCAAUAAAAUCUAAAUACAUAUAAAAAAUGUACAUAUUA